AUGGAUAUCGAAGACUGGAGAUUGCCAUAUAUUCGUUACCUACAAGCUCAAGAACUUCCAGAAGAUAAAUAUCAAGCUGGAAAAAUAUCAAAAAAUGCAUGGAGGUACGUAUUGAUCAAAGGUGAACUCUACAAAAAACCAAUUGCAAUGGAGCCAUAUUUGCGUUGUGUGACUCCAGAUAUAGGGAAACAGUUGAUGGUCGAAGCACAUGAGGGAUGUUGCGGAAAUCAUUCAAGUGGAAGGAUAUUAGCACACAAAACUCUUAUCUCAGGGAUACUUUUGGCCUUACAUGCAAAGGGACGCAAAGGAAUACGCCAAGAAAUGUGUGCCAUGUCAACUGCACGGCCCCUUCUAAAAACGCCAGAAAAUGAGUUGCACCCCGUUAUGAGCCCUUGGUCCUUCAAUAUGUGGGGUUUGGACAUCGUAGGUCCAUUUCCUACUGUACCUGGGGGCGUCAAAUAUUUUCUAGUAGCAACUGAAUAUUUUACCAAAUGGGUAAAAGCGGUAGCCUUGGUACGAACUGAAGCAGUUCAUGUCCGAAAGUUUAUUUGGGAGAACAUAUUAUGCAGGUUCGGCGUACCAUUUACUAUCAUAUCUGACAACGGAAAGCAGUUUGACUCAGAAACGGUCAAAUCCCUUUGCGGCGGAUUACAUAUCAAGCACAAUUUUUCCACCCCCUAUUAUGCACAGAGUAACGGGAAAGUUGAAGCAACCAAUCGAGUGAUCCUGGACAACCUUAAACGAACUCUCGAGAAAGCUAAAGGGAGAUGGACGGAGUUCUUACCCGGAGUCUUGUGGGCAUACAGAACAACACCAAGGCGGUCGACAGGAUUUGCACCAUUUACAUUAGCUUACGGAGUGGAAGUUGUACCUCCAGUGGAAUUGCUUGUCCCAACAACAAAAACACUAGCCCAACGUUCAGGCCAAAACUCGGAGAUCCUAGCAAGAGAUAAAGAACUCCUAGAAGAUGUUCGAGAAGAAGCAUCUAGAAGGUUGGCCAUUUAUCAACAGUCCAUGAAGUUUCAAUACAACAAGAAAGCUCGAGAACGGGUAUUUCAGCCAGGAGAACAGUUGUAA